UUAGAAAUUUCAUUUUUUUUCUUUGACAGUAAAAACUAGGUAUAUUUUGCACUGAGGGCAAAAUAGUCAUUAUUAAAAAAAUAACGGUUGUAACGGUGUGGAGUUGACGGUGAUGGCAUUUUUGGGAGAAAGAGGCUUGUGCAAUGGCAUUUUUGGGAAGUUGUCUUUGUCGAUGGCAUUUCUAGGAUUAGGGUGCUUGUCGAUGGCAUUUUAUGGAUUUUCUCUUUAGGAUACGGAGAUGGAGUAGUAGUUGCCCGUCGGCCAGACCUCGCCCACGCCUCCUCAUCCUUGUAUAUACAGGACAGGAAGAGCCGCCGUUGGCCUUCAUAUAGCAAUAAUAAACCAACAAGGAAGUCCAAUCCAUCAGCCAAGCUAGAUACUCACACCGUACCUCGUUGGAAUUAACCACCCACCAUCAUCAGCAUCAUGAAGAAUAAGAAGGGUAGUCGCCGCAACCGCAAUAAAUCAGCAGCUCACAAUAACCACCUACUAGUAGUGGAUAGGUUCACCAAGCUUCCUGAUGAUGUCCUGCUCAACAUCCUCGAACGCCUCAACACCCCCGACGCUGUCAGGACAUGCCUCCUUUCUAAGAGGACGAUCCACCUUCGACAUUUGCUCUCAAACUUAAACAUUUCGCUGCAUUCCUUUUUGCCCCAUUAUUAUGGUUAUUAUGCCACCUCCAAGGAUGCAAUUCAGAUUCAGAUGAAUGCUGCUGUGUCAGAUGCAACAGACAACAUCCUCAAUUUCAGAAACCAAGAGAUUCCCCUUCGCCAACUCAGCAUAACCUUCUACCUCAAGUACUAUGAUUGUCUCGCCAUUGGCAAAGCUGUUGCCCGAGCAAUGGCCACCCACAGCCACAACCUCGACAGCGUUGAAUUCAUUAUUCUGACAGGGAAGCGGGCACUAUAUUGCUCUAUCGACGAUCUCCGCCACAAUGGCAAGCUGCUCAUGACAUUUUUCGGUGCCUGUACUGAUGCAUUUGCCGGCCUUACGCGUCUCCACCUACGCAACUUAAGGCUUGCUGAAGCUGACAUUCCAAACAUCAUCGCCACAUGCAAACGGCUAGAGUAUUUGAAAUUGUCCGCGUGUCAAAUAGAGGAUAGUGUAUUGCAGCUACAGUUGGAACACCCACACCUUGUUGAGCUUGAUAUCUCCACUGCGAACUUAGACCUAGUUGAGCUCAACUCCCUACCAAACCUCAAACGAUUGGUUUUUAGUGUGUGGGUUUGUCCCCAAGAACCCUUGUCUUUUGGCAACGUUCCAUUGCUUUCAAGCCUAAGCCUCACUAAUGUAGCCAUGAGAUGGCAUAAGGUUAUCAGGUUAAGUCAGUUCCUUGCUAAUAUCACCUUCAUAAAAGACCUGCACCUCAAUUUCUUAAGUGAGAAGAUUUGGGUUCAUCCGGAGUGCCCGGAACUGUUGACGCCUGUUCUCCAGAAUCUGCAAGUUUUGAAUCUGGAUGAACUCCCUGAAGAAUGUGAUAUCGCUUGGACAAGUUUCUUUCUUGAGGCCGCACCCUCCCUGAAGGAGAUGUGCAUCACAGUUUGGGACCAUUGGUGUGAGAUUGAGACAGACAAGGUGGAACGGGAAGAACAGGGUUACUGCGACAAAACAAACUUGGAGUGGAGGUCAUCUGCACGUGAUGGUUUCAGGCAUUACAACCUGACUAAGUUUACCAUCUAUGGUUUCCAACCAAAUGAGAACUUCCUUGGAUACAUCAGGCACAUCAUGGAAGCUGCUGUUAACCUAGAGGACAUAUCCCUGUACGACAGGAAGGCUCUUGAGUGCUGUGAAGACUUGGAUCCCAAGAUCAAGGUUGCUCCGUCAAGGUAUCCGCAGAACAUCGUGGAGCAGGAGCUGCUGAGGAAGCAAAUUACGGAGGGAUUGGUGAUGGCGUCGCCUCAUGUAAUUCACUUCCGGUCUUAAUUUUGCUCGGUGCAAAACUGUGAUUCGCUGUGUGGUACUGGAAAUAAUAUAUGCUGAAUGUUCUGAAUAUUUUGGUUCCUUUUCCUUCUUUGUUAUGAAAUAUUCUGGUUUCAAACGUUUAAAGGCAUUGAUUGAACUUGUCUUCUUUCCUGCAACCUUGGUUUCAGGCCGGUAGCCAGCACAUAUUUAAGCUUGCUGCAUAAUAAUAUAUAUCCUGAAUAUUCUGGUUUCC